AUGGCAGAUCUCUUCGAUAUUCAAGCCCAAUCCGCGCGCCUAGAGCGGCAAGGCCUUCCUCAGCAAUCUCAGCAUAAUAACACACUCCCACCUCUCCAUCUCAUUCACGCUGCCGAGGCCUCCCUGCCCAAUCCAUCUGGCCCAGGCUACCUUUCUGGCCAGCCUGCUACCGAAGUUGCCUCGCAUAUCACGAAAGAUAUCGUCCCAGCGUUAUGCGGUCAAUCCCAAUCGAGCCGCUAUUUCGGCUUCGUCACCGGUGGCGUCCUUCCUGUAGCUGAAUGGGCCGACAAUGUCGUCUCUCGCAUGGAUCAAAAUGUACAAGUCCAUUUGCCUGAGCAAUCUGUAUCCACAAUGGUUGAGAAUGCAGCUCUGGAGAUGUUGUUGAAUCUGCUUCGCCUGGGUCCAGAUUGGAGAGGCCGGACUUUCACCACCGGAGCCACUGCCAGCAAUGUUCUGGGCUUGGCCUGUGGCAGAGAGGCCGUUCUUGAGAAAAAGGGCGCCUCAGUGGGCGAACUAGGCUUGCUGGGCGCUUGCGUCAAAGCAGGCGUUUCUGAGAUUCAAGUCCUUACUAGCGGAGGUCACAGUUCGCUCUCCAAAGCAGCGAGUAUAGUUGGUCUAGGGAGAGCGUCUGUCAAGGAGCUUCCUCGAAGUGCGGCUCAGCCUUGGAAGUUGGACCUUGAUGCAGUAGAGAGAGAAUUGGGCCGCCAAGGAACAGUAAGCAUCAUUGCUGUCAGUAUGGGAGAAGUAAACACUGGUGGCUAUGCUCUUGACAAUGUCGACGAGUGGAAGAAGUUGAGGAACCUAGCGGAUCAACAUGAUGCCUGGAUUCACGUGGAUGGAGCCUUUGGAAUCUUCAGCCGCGCCUUAGAAACAGGCAAAGACGAAUAUCAGUUGCUUCAUGAUCGAGCCGACGGCAUCGACCUAGCCGAUAGUAUCACGGUUGAUGGCCACAAGAUGCUCAACGUUCCAUACGACUGCGGCAUGUUUUUCACCCGCACUCCAACUAUCCUUCAAUCCGUCUUUGUCAACCCAAACGCUGCAUAUCUCUCUUCCGGCGGCACAGCGGCCAGUAUCCCAUCUCCUCUAAAUAUUGGCCUCGAAAACUCGAGGCGAUUCCGCGCGCUGCCGGCCUACGCCGCUCUCCUCAGCCAGGGCCGCCCUGGCUAUGCCAAGCUAUUUCACAACAUGGCCCAAGUAUCGCGGAGGUUGGCCAUUUUCCUGCGAGAGUCGCCGUAUUAUGAGCUCCUUCCAGACGAGAGCGGUGACGUUGAAGAAAUUUUCAUUAUUGUUUUAUUUAGGGCCAAGGAUAGGAAGUUGAAUGAUGAGCUAGUGGCCAAGAUCAACGCAACGAGGCAGAUGUACGUGAGCGGGACGAGCUGGAAGGGCGAGAAGGCUGUGAGAGUCGCCGUCUCAAAUUGGAUGGUCGAUAUCGAAAGAGAAUUCCGAGUCGUGUCAGCGCUUUUGAAUGCCGUUGCCGAGGGUAGAGAAUUCGAUAUCGAGAAGGCGUAA